AUGUCGAGGGCUAAGAGAAUCAUGAAAGAAAUGCAGGCGGUGAAGGACGAUCCAGCGGCUAAAAUCAAUCUGGAGUUCGUUAGCGAAUCAGAUAUCCAUCAUUUGAAAGGUUCAUUCCUUGGACCACCAGGUACUCCUUACGAGGGAGGGAUUUUCUUCGUGGACAUAGAAGUACCCAUGGAGUAUCCCUUCAAGCCUCCCAAGAUGAAAUUUGAUACCAAAGUUUACCACCCCAAUGUGUCGUCUGUGACAGGAGCAAUCUGUCUAGAUAUCUUGAAGAAUGCAUGGUCACCUGUGAUAACGUUGAAAUCCGCCUUGAUCUCCUUGCAAGCGCUUUUGCAAUCGCCGGAACCGAACGAUCCGCAGGAUGCAGAGGUGGCACAGCACUACUUGCGUGACAAAGAGUCGUUCAAUAGGACGGCUGCCCUUUGGACCAAACUUUACGGCUCAGCGAACGGCGUGGAGCCGUCUGAGAGAGAAACAGAUGAGGCGAAGCUCUAUGGUAUCGACCCCAGCGUAGUGGAGCACUUUGAAAGCCUGGGGUUCAACAGAGCCAAGAUCGUCGAAGUGUUGAGGAGGCUUGGAGUCAAGUCUCUCGACCCGACCGACGAUGCGACCGACGAUAAGAUAACAGAUGAGCUGCUUAGAUCGUCCUGA